UUUGCAUUCAAUGAUGAGGCUCUCAGAACAAAUGCUAGACAUGGAAAUGGCAAACUACAGUGAAGUUUUAGAUCCGACGUAUACGGCACUGGAGUUCGAAACUAUGCAGAUUCUGUAUAAUGGCAACGACAGUUUAGGAGAAGCUGUCAACAUGAAUGCUGCUGACAACGGGGUCAGUAGUCUCUGUGCAAUAUGUGGAGACCGAGCGACCGGAAAACAUUAUGGUGCUUCCAGCUGUGAUGGAUGCAAGGGAUUCUUUAGACGCAGUAUACGGAAAAAUCACGUCUAUACAUGCAGAUUCAACCGGCAAUGUAUUGUUGACAAGGACAAAAGGAAUCAAUGCAGAUAUUGUCGUUUAAAAAAGUGUUUUGGAGGAGGAAGGAAAAAAAAAGCUGUACAAAAUGAACGGGACAGGAUAAGUACGAGAAGAAACACCUUUGAUGGCUGCAACAUUCCCUCUAUUAGCACAUUGUCACAAGCUGAGGCACUCUCCCGUCAGAUCUCAAUCUCCAGUCCUGGUGCUAGCACUGACAUAAAUGUUAAGAAAAUUGCUGGUAUUAGUGAUGUCUGUGAAUCUAUGAAGCAACAACUUUUGGUCCUGGUGGAAUGGGCUAAAUAUAUUCCAGGCUUCUGUGAAUUACCACUGGAUGACCAGGUUGCCCUGCUAAGAGCACAUGCUGGGGAACACCUGUUGCUUGGAGCAGCAAAACGGUCCAUGGCAUAUAAGGACAUUUUACUUUUAGGCAACAAUUACAUAAUCCAUCGCAACAGUACUGAAGUAGAGAUCAGCCGAGUGGCAAAUCGGAUUCUAGAUGAACUAGUUCGACCCUUCCAGGAAAUUCAAAUAGAUGACAAUGAGUACGCCUGCUUGAAAGCGAUUGUGUUUUUUGAUCCAGAUGCAAAGGGCCUGAGUAAUCCAAUGAAGAUUAAGAACAUGCGGUUCCAAGUCCAAAUCAGUUUAGAGGAUUAUAUUAAUGACCGUCAGUAUGACUCCCGAGGAAGAUUUGGAGAACUUCUGCUUCUACUGCCUACACUCCAGAGCAUCACUUGGCAAAUGAUUGAGCAAAUACAAUUGGUUAAAUUAUUUGGAAUUGUUAAAAUUGACAGUUUGCUUCAGGAAAUGUUACUGGGAGGUACUUCUAAUGAUGCCAGUCAUCUGCAUCAUCCAGUACAUCCUCACUUAGCCCAAGAUCCAUUAACUGGCCAAACUAUCCUCAUAAGUUCAAUGUCUGCUCCUGUACAUACAGAACAGAUUUCAACUCCAGAAACUCCAUUACCUUCCCCUCCUCAAGGCUCUGGGCAAGAAUACAAAAUGUCUACAAAUCAGGCUUCAGUCAUUGCACAGCAAUCGAUUUUGAAACAAAAACCAUUGUGA